AUGAUGUGGAAACCAGAAAUCGUCUUAUUGAACAAGUGAGUUAUUGCCCCCAAUCCCCAGUAAACUAAAGCAUUUUCCGUCGAAUGGUUGUUUCGCAAUCUUUCACUUGCACCACGACCCAGCCAUGAAAUUUUGAACGUCUUCUGCUGCACGCAUAAACACAAGCAUAGGGAAAUUUUUUCCAUUAUCCUGGUCCGAUCUUCAGGUCAAGAGGAGCCCUUUUUUGUAUGAACAAUAAAUAUACCACAGGUACACAUUUAAUAGCUUACACAUGAUUAAAUUGCUUUAGUGUGUCAUAGUCAUGUUUUCGAAAAUGUCUGCAUCACAUCGUGAGACCGUUUUGUUUUUCAUACAGGUAGUCCGUAAGCCAAUAAACCAUUUAAGACUCAAAUAAGCUUUUAAUGUACUAACUUUAGCCUAUAUUUGUAUCAUGCAAAGUGCAAAAAUUUGAAAUAUUUUAAAUCGAAUAAUAAAAAUCGUGUCCCUCGAAUGGCCUUUACUUGACGUGUACAAUACAAACGCUUAGCAUGCGUGGCCCCAUUACGCACAUUUCUUCGCUGCUGGACGGUUCUCGGCUUAUUAACAUACACGCGACCCCUCAGGUAAAUUCAAACAAAAAGGUCGGGUGCUGUCAAAUUGAGCGAAUGUGUAGACGAUUCGAGAUCUGAAGUCCGUAAAAUUAUUUGCUUCCCAAAAGACCUGUAUUACCAAAUGCAUUGUGAAUUUGGUCGUUUGAACGGUCGCCACAUCUUUUAGCCACCAUGUUUCAAGCCUGUCUACCACUGCAAGACUAACAAAAUGUUUCGUCAUUGCUCGGCAUCGCUGGGCGGUCACCGUAACUGGAUUAUCGCUUUCGUCCUGAGAAAUAUAAGGUACGGCUAAAAUUGUGGACGCUGCGUUGUGUCCAGUAGUGACCCUGAGGUAACACAACGCCCGUUUAUUAAUGGGCCAGGCAUCCUCUGUGUCCAAAUCUAUUGCUCUGUUUAUCCACCCCGUCUUUCAGGAGAAAAAAAGACUUAAAAAUCCCCGGUACAGAAAUAAGGCAUAUAUGCUCUUUGCGUUAAUACGAUGGACGGAUAGUUCCAGAAAGAGAAUCCAACAGAUUUUACGUGUCGUUUCAAUAUGUAUUUUCCGACAAUGACUUUCGAAGGAAUAGAUUUUGCAGCGAAUGUUGCCGGGGCUUUCUAUACAUCACGCCACAUGCGUGUGACAAGCGAACGGUCAAAGUCAUGUGCUCCUGUUCAGAUCAACUUUGUGCUAAUUGGCAGACCUCCAGCCAUGCCAUAUACCCAGCCAUGUAUUCAAGACUUUCCACUUGAGCUGCCCCCGUUCUCAGUACACGUCCUGUCUACAACCCGCCUUCUGUUUCGCAUACAUGACAGAUUUUCCUAAUAUGAAUUAACGUCUGAGUAAAUCAUGAAGGCAAGUGGUUGCCAAAUGUUUCCCUGGAAACAUGACUUACGGGUCAUGCCACAUUUAUUCAAUAAGCAUCUAAACUACUUAAGACAGUUAUAGUAAGCAGGCGCAUUCUUUCUUUAUGACGGUCCUGUCUGACGUCUAUGCCCGCCCAGCAAAAUCAUUUUCAUCCACUCUGAUUAUCCUAACAUGGGCGCCUUAAUAAGGUAGGAGACACAUCCGCCUCAUGAAUUCAGAUCAGGGAGGGUGUCAGCAGUAUUCUUCGGAGUUCCCUCUCAAAUCAGCAUAACCUAGCCUCCUACUCAAAUACUGUUAUAAACUCUGGGAAACCUUUAAUGGACUCGCUUACUUUUUAGUGUCGACGGGAACUUUGAGGGGUCAUGGAAACCUAACAUGGUUCUUUCUAGCAACGGCGAUGUACUGUGGAUACCUCCUGCAAUUUUCAAAAGUUCUUGUCAAAUCGACGUCCGUUACUUCCCUUUCGAUCAACAGACAUGCCAGAUCAAACUAGGUAGUUGGACUUACAACAGGAAACAGGUAAGUAGACUGACUACCUCAUCAGGUUCUGAGGACUGGCCGUUGCAGCACAAGUCUAUGCAUCCUAAUAGUGAAAAUAAAUCGACCUUUAGUCGCCGUUGACCUAAUUUCACACAAUGAACGCCAAUUAUAUUUGAUCUUCUAGGAAAAUUAAAGUCAUGACUCAACUGUAAUCUCAGAAGGCUUGCAAUCUGAAUAUAUUCCCCCGUGGAAUUAUGCUAGCAAAAAGUAAGGUAAUCAUGAUUCCGAGUCCAAAUAUAUAAUUCAUUUGUUUUUGUUUGGACAAGAGAAAUAUAUUGGGUUAUACUGAUUCAGGUGGGCUCACAGUAGUGGAUUGGACUGCGUUCGAAAUGUAUUCAAACUAGCUCACAGUAUGCGAGUAAACUAAGAGGGCUGCUUAAUUAGCGCGUGCUAUACGGACAUAUUUGGCUUACGCACAAAGCCUGUGCGCAUCGAAUGGAAAAGGGUGAGAAACUAAACUACUAAAGAUAAAACUCGAACGGUGACUGCAAUAAAUAUUUGCGGCUUCUACCAACUUUCAAAACGUCUUUGUGUCGAAGGGAAAUUACUUUUUGUCUCAUGCCACACGCAGGGAUGCGCUAUACAGUUAUAGUGCCAUUCUGGUUAUAGAGGUCUGUUUCAUCGUUCCGAAAUGCCGACCCCCGAACGUGCCAAGACACAAAAACUGCCGUUUGGCAAAAUAUGCAAUAUUUUCGACAGGUAACAAAACCAAAUGGCAAGCUGAUACUAGUUUUCCUCAGAGAUGGCCAUGAAAAUACAUGCAUGCUGGCGUUUUUAUUAAAGCGCCUUUUUCAAAGUCAGAUACAUAUAUCGAACGAGCUGUACUACGUGAAUAAUGUAUGGAAGCUAGGACAAAUAUCAAUAACUCAUGGGGAUUUAAUGGAUUCAUAGCAAAUAUAUUCAAAGCUACUUUCAGCAAGGUUCGCACUUCGUCUACCGAUAGUGGACUGUAGCAUGUUUAGACAGCGUCCAAAAUUACCCUAUUUCCAAGAUUUUAGUGUUUAAAUUGUCGUCACGAGGUCACGUAAAAGUAACUUGGGGAUACUAGGUGAGUCGACACUGCGUCCGUGCGCGGUAGUUAAAUCCCGCCUUAUGCUUUUUCAUUUCCUCAUAUAACAGUUUUAAGGGUAUGCGAUCAGCUCCCAGACAUUUCGCAAAGUUUGUUCACAAAGGUAACGUUGUAAUGCUUUAUGGUGUCUUCUAUCUGUUCUGAAGGCCUUAAGCAAACAUUGUGCAACCUUCUAUGAUGUUUUUUAUUUAUUCAUACUUAUUUCCAGUCAUCCUGAUUUUGUUUCAUCAUUAGAUUUUGAUGCGUGUAGAGAAGAGAGUGAGGUCCAUGAUGGGCAAGUUUGCUGGUAGAAAUUCACGUUUCGUUUCUAAAGCGGUAUAUGACAGGUAAUAAGCCUGAAAAGGCGGCCAAAGCUGAUUAUAGACAGAUCGACAAAUUAACAUUCAUAUUCACAUUUAUUUUGGAUAAACUGGGACAAUGAAAGAAAUGCGUUGUAAUGCCGGAAAGAAUCGAUCCGACAACUAAAUUUUCCAGGAAAAGUGUACAUUCACUUCACAUAGGUAGAUUAGUACAGCCUGACGGAUUUAUAGCAAUAAUGGAGCCGUUUAUUAAACAAGUACAUUCUUGACAAGCAGAGUAGAAACACUUUGAACUCGCGAGUAUGAUAAUCCUUCUUUAUAGCAUCGUGUCUCUUCACCUUCGGAGAACACAUUCACUUCAUAUAAAUAAGUCGAUGUGGAUGGAUCCGGAAUAAUCUAAGUUGCCUAUUCGUUAUUACUCUUGGGUCACAAAAUGAAAUAGUCAAACUGUACGUGCUAAUUUAUCUAAUGUCCGCCAAACCCUCUUUUUUCAUACAUUCUAAACUAAAAUCGACCUUCCCUAUCUGUGCACGCAGAAUAUUGACAGUGCUGCUUUUAACCUGCCUCCGUACUGUUUUGCUCGACCUCCGAGUGUUGCAUAAAGUGAAUUAAGUCCUUAUUCAUCUUUUUGUACGACGACACUAAAUAAAAUACCUACAUAGUGGACUUUUAAGAGCUUACUAUGUCAUUCACUUUGUUCCGAUUCUUCAGGGAUUCUGUGUGACUAAAUUACGCAUUCAUGCGAACGUUCACCUAGACGCCAAACGUCUCCUCUCCUGCGUUUCUACUUUUUAAUCUUCCUAUUGUUACAAGACAUAUACAGGCAACUUGAGUUUAUCAGGUCAGUUAUGGAUUUAACGUCAGUCAGCGUUGGACCUACUGAGCGCACUGAAAGACAAUGAGUGUUAAAUUUAAUUGUAAACCUUUUCCGUCAGGGCAUGUGAGUAGGAAACCACCCUUAAUUCACAUGACCUUAAGCUAAUCUCAAGGAAGGGUACCAACUUGUCCUUAUCGUAAUCCCCAAAGCUAACCCUAAGGCAAGCCUUAACCGUAACUCUAACACUAAACUUAACCCUUACCCCGCCUUAAUCUUAACCGCAAACUCAACCUGGAUCCUAAUCGCCCCAGAAUACAAAGCAACGCAACCUAUAUGAUAAGGGAAGAUCCUAUUCCUGAGUCCAACUGGUAUUUUUUGACCUUCAGUCGUUUGUCUGUUGCAUCAUCCUAACCUCAUCUAUGUAAAUGCAUGAUUUCAUAGGUCGACCUCCAGUUCUACAGCAAUCGCACCAGCCUAGACCUCUCUAACUACGUCACAAGCGGAGGAUGGGAUAUAGUGGACUGUCCUGCCAACUUGGAUGAGCAGCCCGUGCCCAAUGAGGAGCGCCAGGAGGGAGAGAUGGAGUUCGGGGGUAAGGUACGCUAUGGCACCAUCAGCAUCCGACCCAGGGGCAGGCAAAUGACCUUUCACAUUGUCCUCCGACGCAAACCCCUUUUUUACACCACCAACAUGAUCAUCCCGUGUGUGCUCAUUGCUCUACUGAGUACCUGCGUCUUCUAUCUGCCAACCGACGCAGGUGAGAAGAUCACUCUCUCUAUCAGUAUCCUGGUGACUUUGGUGGUCUUUAUGCUCCUGGUUAGCAAGAUGCUGCCGCCCGGUCCAAAAACAAUUCCCCUGCUUUCACAGUUCCUACUUUUCACCUUUGCAAUGAAUUUUCUUACACUUUUUAUUACCGUCGUCAUCAUCAAUCUCAAUCACCGGAACCCGAAGACACAUUCAAUACCAGCCUGGAUGAGGACAGUAUUUAUACACCUGAUACCGCCAUUCUUGGGUCUCGAAAGGUGAGAGCAUAGGGGUUUUCGUAAUGACUCCCGUUUUAUUUCAUCGCUCUCAAUUAUCUGCAUUUUAUCCCAACUAUACGGUUUUUGCAGGGUUAAGGACUACCUACGGGCCCCCUACGUUCAUUUAAAAGGCAGCCUCAUGAUUAACCGUCCUCAAAGAACAAAAUGUGCAUAACUGAAACGUUUGACCUCGCCAGCUCCAUUUUUGGUAUUUCUAAAUUGUUUUCUGUGAGGUUGAAUUCCUUCUUACUCGUGAAUACACAAGCUCCCAGUAGAUGCUAAACAAAGAACUUACCGACGCAUAGUAUCAUUACCCGCAGAACAUUUAAAAGACGACUAUAAAGAUAGUGCGCCUCUUGGGUAGGGAGGCUGAAAAACGCAUACAUGAGCAUAAAAGGGAGAAACACAAUGCUGCAUUCCAAAAAGACAAUGACUGAAACUUCUCAAUCCAAUGCUACGGAAGUUUAUAUUAUCAAAAUUAAUCUGUUGGGAGAGUACCGAUAACUCGGUCGAGAGCAACGCGAUAUGUCUCUGCCCAACGAGGUAGACGCAGCUGUCACUUGAAUGGGAAUUUGUCUCUGGUGAGGCAGACUCACAGCAUCUACCGCAUUCACUCUUCCCACGUUCACUACCUUCAGAUGGUAAGACUUCUUCGGGGGGGGGGGGGGUCUCAGCUCGCAUGCAAAUUAGAGUGCCAUAAAGACAACAUUAAGAAGGGAUCGCUGCAGCUCCAUCCUUCUGUCCAUGGUAUCUUAUUUAAGGGGUUACCCUGCCUGAUUUGCGAGUUUCCAUUUGUUGAGCUCUGAGCGCCCGCAUGCCAGACUCUCACACGUUGACGGUCCCUGAAGGUCGUGAAUGACCCAACGGCGCGCAAGUUGCUGACUCACGCGUGGGCUUGGUAGGCGAGACUGACCUGUGGUUUGCCAGUCCCCUGUCGCGUGCGGCAGCCGGACGACAAGACUGGUGCGUCCUGGUCUCGGCAGCCCCAACAGUAACUCGGUAAUAAAAAACUAAGCGCCGAAUCCAAGCUGGGCCGAUCUCUCCCUCUCUCCCUUCCCAUUCCCAUACACCAGUGGCUUAUUUGAUUCAAACCGACCGGAGAAAGGACUGACCAUAAUGAUUGGUGUGACUGGGCUGGUGUUCUGACGUGCAUACACGUGUUACCGGGAAGGUCUAUGCGCAUCCUUAGCCUGUUUGUGCGUGCGUGUAGAGAAGUGUAUUGUGAGGGGAUAGGGACCGUGAUUUUUUAUUUAACACUUUGAUGUAUGUGCAUGCUACUGAAUGGACCCAUGCGGUCCUAAAUGUUCCGUAUCAACACGCGGAAGUAUGGUGUGUUUUAGAGAUACUUAUCGGGGCUCCAGAGUUACGCUGCGACUAACUUGUAUAUGAAUGACUAGGCCGUUGCGUGAAUGAAAUUUGUGAUCGCAACGAAUUUGUCGGUGAUGCUAUUGACUUACUCGCGGUUUUCACAUUGUUUAGCAUGCAUUAUAAACCCAACGCAUUUCAUACACGCUAUGACGCCUGCCUUUGAAUGGACGUCAUUCCAUCCACCUGCGGAAAUCACACUUUCCAGAAAUGAUUAUCUAAGUAUUACAACUUGUCUCGUUGGUUCUCGAGACCUUUAUACAUCCAAGGGCUCUUUACAGAAAAUAUUACGAAAACAUCCUUUUUAUGCGCUUCUUGUGAUAACCUGUAGAUUUUUCACUCUUUACUGUCCGGAGUUGUGUAUUUCGUUUCUGAAACAAUUUACCGAAUCCCACAUAAUUCAGACCCUCCUGGCGUCGUGCUUGCGUUUAGGCCUGCCAAAGUACAUGCUGCAUACUUCGUCUUUGAGGGGAGACAAGGCAUUCCCCGUUGUUAUUGGGCAAAUACCAUCGAGCGCCUAUAAAAUUUCACGCUCGAUACGAACCGCGCUGUAUACUCAAAAGGCAGUGUUAGUUGGCGUGCACACGAUUGCUGGUCCCCUACGGGCGGUAUGACUAUGUCGGUUUUUUUGGUGCCUCACCGCUCUGCCUUUAGACUUGCGCUGCAAAAGUUGUGUCUUAUUCACUCGUAUUUUCUCGUAGAAGCGGAUCUCACCUUGUCGCGAGCCAGUUUGCAGAUGACCAGCGCUGUCGUCCACUCUGAUCAGCUGGUCAACGGAUUGUGUAGGAGAGAAAGAACAAUCCAAGCUGCCAGGGGAAACGGUGGCACUCUAGAAGACUGUAGAAAGGCAAGGGGAUAUAAACAAGGCUGUCGUUUCGUAUAGUAUUUGACCGAAUUUUUGCGGUGCAUAAGUCAUGGUCAGCUGGCAGACAGUUUGAUUGCCAGCUUUCCGUUGACCAGCCUUAAUCUCCCCGACUUACAGGUGCGCAGAGCUCCCACAAACAGAUCUGCUUAGUCACCACCACCUGCUUGAAACUUAACCAUGGGUUUCGACUUCGUCAGUGGGAAGACGGCCCGACUUAUUCCGGGUCUUCCGCGGAGUUACUGUCGCUCUAUCCGCGUGACGUUUUGUUUUUCGAAUGGGGGGAGAAUACGGAUAAUGGAGGAGAAUGUCACAAUUUCCUAAAGCCCGAUAACCAAUGUAGAAAUAUGCUGUAUCCUGAGAAAAAGUCAUAAAAACGAUUUCAUAUGAUAGCAAACGACGACUAAAUUCUAAAGAAGUAUAGUAAAAGACUACCAGAAGGUCAGAAGUUAUGUCGAACAUAAAGAUAAUGCUGUACUCCUACAAUACUGCUCAGCGAGGUAGUUAGGGAAAUGGAAGUCGUUUAUAUGAAUCGCACUGUUUUUUUGCUGAAUACCGCGAAGUAUCGAAACUGGAAUUCUUUACUUUACGCCACUGUAUUAGACCAAAAUGGAGGCCAAACGCUCUCAAUGAAGUUAACCAGCUCCUAAUGCCGGAAGUGGACGAGUUUGGAGAAAACGAGAGCCCCAGAUUAACGGGACGGUUUGGGGAUGAAAGUGGUCCCACAGAAGACGACUUUCCGUCGGGGCGCCGAACAGAGGGAGUGGACCACUCAGCCGUUUCACGAAACACGCUAUGUGGCACUCACGGGACUCGUGCUUACGCCUUAUCUCGGGAAGUCCAAUCAAGUCAAGACAAAGCACGCGGGGACUUUUGUCACAAAGGGCAGCGUGAGAGCACAGGGACAGCGCAAUAUGAUGUAAGUUUCCCAAAUAUUGCGAUUUUGGUGGACACACAGUGUUGCGUGGCAGGCACCAGUCAACCCCCUAAAUUGCAAAUCAAGGUCCCCGUAGAUAAAUUCACAAGAAAAACUAUCAAACACAUGUACGUCUCCGGUAGGUCGGUCCUAUUCAAGUCAGCACAAUUAUAUGGGAAGAUUGGAUCUGGGUUGAGAAUUACUCAAGGAUCAGUGAGGUCAACUUCCCUCUGACGAGGUUCAGCCCUAUUCUUCCUUCCUUAUUCUUCCCUCUUUAGCUGACCUCAAUGUCCUCCAAUCAAUCGUCUACCCAGAUCAAACCUCAGUACGUAUUUUUACUGGGCUGCCAAUAAAUUAUUGACAGGGUAUGUAGGUUAGCCAGUUUGUUAUUCCCAUCCAGAGUUGAAUGGAACCUCAUUUCCUUCUCCUCUCAGGAUUAAGGUGGAAGAUGAAGGACCACUUUGUGCGUAAAAUGUAGACAUAAGUCGGUGCGGUUCGCUCACAGCGUAAUGGAAGACCGGGGUGGACAGUUCUAGCUCAUAUGUCGUCGACAGGAGAUUUACGUAAAUAAACUGGUGCAUUAUUGUCAGAGAAGAGGCUGCUGCCCACUAUCCUGACAUGCGAAUGCGGAUGGCACAUGGGGUAACACGCCCUAAAGUGGCACACGACGUGGUUCACUCACAACGUUAUGGGAGACCGGGGCAGACAUUUCUGGCUCAUAUGCCGCCGCCGACAGGCCAUACCCCUAACCUGGGCUGGAGGGAUCUACCACACUUUGGCCACUUAACACAGAGCCGUACGUUAUGCCAUUGAGCCAUGAAUUCACGUCCUGUCGGCAGCAGGUUAGAAUUCUCGAGGUUCCAUUUCAAGAAGGAGUGGGGACGAAUAUGUCUGGCUUGCAGCCCAGAGCUAUGGUGCUCGCUGGUGAGGUAUUAUGACCUGUUCCCUUCUGAAUUGUGCGCAGACUGUUGCCUACACCCGUCAGUCGUCUAAGUCUUGUUUAACACCUCCAGAAGGACUAUCUGUGAGUUACAGAAGAGGGGAUAGGGUAAUAUACAUGAAAGCCUACUCUUAAAGAGUGUCGCUCCAGCUUCAGAGUGUGUGAAGAUUAGUAAGUUUUAAGUUUUUUUAUGCAAAAAAUAAGCAAAACAAUAGUCUGAAUAGUAAACGUACAUAAGAGAAUCAGCAAUCGAGAAGUGUUACGGGCAAAAACAGGGAAAGACAGAAUGGCCGUUCCCCGCAUAUAGAAUAUUGUUAACUAGUGAUAAUUCAAAUUCGUGCGGAUAAGAGUCGGAGAUCGAGUUCGAACACCCUGACCAUUGAGAAUAAGGCCGAAUUUCUAAAUAAACCAUCGAUAUGAGGCAAAACCAAAUCACCGUAUUCCGUCCUAGAAGCAAAAUAGGUCUUGAAAAGUUCCUUCUAUGUGAAUCUGCAUAUUUCUAGUUCUAACCGACGUGAUACGAGCCCAUGGUUUAAAGUCAUAACGCUCGACUUAGUUCUCAAUGACCGAAUAGAUAGAGUUGGAGCCAUAAGUCUCCCGACAUGCAGUUGGAUAUGUCGGCCGACAACGGCAAAUAACUCGGAAACUGACGCGCUCCUUCUCCUUAAACAUAGAUUAUCCUUUGUUGGUCGUGCUCUAGAACAGGUCCGGCGUGACAUCCAUUACCUCCGUGCGGACAUAAUACGGAGACAUCCAAUCAGACUUCCCCAGUGCCGCUAGUCAAAGGAAAAACCAAUAAAAUGUCGCCUAUUAUAACAGGUAAUCACAUGGGUGAUAAGAUCGACUUAGACGAAGAUAUAAAAUCGACUAAGUUAGAUGGCGUGCCGCACAGCGGCUCGCAAUAUAGCCAGGAUUGCUUUUCCGACAAAGACAAGGGAAAUUAAAAUGGCCAUUUCGCAGCGGACAGGACAACGACCUCGUAGCUGAGUAGUUAGGGCGUUGGACUUUUAGCCGAAAGGUCGUGGAUUUGAGCACCAGGGACUGCACAGCACGGGAGUGGAUAUGGGUGGCUAAUUAUGGUUAAUAGGCCGGAAAUAGCCAUUCCAGUCUCCCUUGCCUUCACCAGUAAUGUUACUUUGCCUAUAGGCGUUCCCACUCCAUGGGAUCCGAGCCAGGUGUGACGGCACCCAUAGAUGCGGCUUCGGUCGCGCCAGCCACCCCAUUUUGUUGUUUGUUAAAAUCCUGUUCAUUUGCUGUGUGGCCCGGGGGGAUGUGGGAUGGAGCGGGAAGGUUCAUGCUUGACCGCGCCAUUUGCCUGCGCCUUUUUCCGCACCCGGUCUAUUUGACUAUGUCUUGACAUCGGGUACAGGUGGGGGAGGAGAGAGUGUGGUAGAUGCAGCGAAAUUCUGCAUUCGCUAUAAACUAAUUCACGCACGAGUAAUCGUCUCUGGCCUGACCUUGCUGUGGACCACACGGUGGACAUCGUCCGUAAUGACGGCCGAAUGAUAUAUAUAUAUAUAUAUGGAAAGGUUAUACCGACAAAGACAAGGGAGACUGGAAUGGCCAUUUCUGGCUUAUUAGCCGUCAUCAGCCAGUCAUACCCAACCCCAAGUAUGGAUCACUUGAGAUUCGAACCCGGGAUCUUUGGUCAUGGAGUUGAACGCUCUAUCAUUGAGCCACGGGCCCGUUGUCCUGUCGGUUGUGAUCGGGAAUAUUAAUCAUGAUAGUGGGCGCUCACCGAUCAGGUUACGGAACAUGCUCGUUCCGUUGUGCCUUGGGGCUCAUACUUAAACCCUCGCAGGCAGUCGCACAGCGACUCGUGAUAUAUGUUGGAAAGGUAAUACCGACAAAGACAAGGGAGACCGGAAUGGCCAUUUCUGGCUUAUUAGCCGUCAUCAGCCAGUCAUACCCAACCCCAAGUGUGGAUCACUUGAGAUUCGAACCCGGGAUCUUUGGUCAUGGAGCUUGGCGCUCUACCAUUGAGCCACGGGCCACGUCAAACAGCAGAACCACAAUUUCGCCUUUGAAAAGGCAAGGGUAAUCGGCCGAGCCAAUGAUAAGAUGGCCGGACUGGUGCUCGAAAGUUAGUCCUCGACUGGCACACUCAACAGAGCCAUAGAUCUGCAUCCCGCCUAUCAGGCGCUACGUACAAGGCUCGAGUCAGUGCGGACAAGGCCAUCAGGACAGUCGAGCAAAGUGACGCGUGGCCGACAGCCGAUGUCAGCAGAAAGUGGGAGAGAAGCCGGCCGGGGAUCAUGUGACCAGCAUGCGACGCCACCUCACCGCAACACCCACGAGGCUGAGAUCAACUCACAUGAGCCCCAACAACUGUUCAGUCCGUUGAGUGACGAGGGGGAGGCCGACAAACAUGCUGGCUCACCAACAAUUACGACGGCCGAAAAGGGGUCAUUAGUGGCAGGAGCCCACCGGCGGUCAAUCGUGGAGAGGUCAACGCUAAUCGGCGGCGAACAGGCAGGUCAAAGUUCGUGCCUAGCGCACGGAUAUAAUACGAGGCAGGUAUCAAGGCUGACGCAAUCAAGACCAGCAGGAAUAGUCAACGCAUUACUCUGAUGAUGGAAACGAGUGGGUUUCCGAAACGUCAGUACAAAUAUAACUCGGUCCAUGAAUUCGCCCCAUCUUCUUCUUCGUCUUCUUCGGGGGAUGAUGAACGGGAUACAAUAUCUGGACCUCGAAUCUUUACCCAUAUCAAUAUAUAUAUAUAUAUAUAGGCAAAAUGAAAUUACCGACAAAGACAAGGGAGACUGGAAUGGCCAUUUCUGGCCUCUUAGCCGUCGUCAGCCAGUCAUACCCAACCCCGAAGUGUGGAAUAUCCGAGGCUUGAACUCGCCACCUGUUAGUUAGAAUUCCACGCGUCUAAACACUGGGCCACGAGCCCGUUGCCCUGUCGGUCUUCGGUCGGGAAUGUACAAUGCUAGGGAGCGUUCACCGAUCGUUCUAACGGAAUUCACUCGUUGUCUUUGUCGGUAAUGUCAUUCUGCUUAUAUCAUGCGCCGCUGUGCGGCUACUGGUUGGGCUCGAGAGAGCCCGUAAGGCACAACGGAACGAGUGAGUGCCGUAAGAACGAUCGGUGAGCGCCCCCUACCAUUAUAUAUGCAUGUAUGUAUGAGAUAGUACCGACAAACACAAGGAAGCCGGAAUGGCCAUUUCGGGCUUAUUAGCCGUCAUCAGCCUGUUAUACCCAACCCCAAGUUUGGAUCACUUGGGAUUCGAGCCCGAGAUCUUUUUUCAUGGUAAAGUUUCAAACUUCAUGCCCAGUGAUUGAGGAGAGAAUUCACUCCGGUUCAAUAAUUUGACGCAAACCAACCAAACGACUCAUCUUCGCGUCUUUUUUCUUUAUUAAUUCUAUAUGCACCCUUUUUAGGCCACAACAGAUCAAUGUUGGCCUUGCGGUCAGCAGUUCGCUUGGACAGGCUACAUGGCAGACAUUGAUCGUAGCCUGAGAAGCGUGAUGAGGAGUGUGGGGUACAUCACAAGAAAUGUUUUGGACGAGCACGAAGAAGGCAAGGUCAGUUUACCAUUUAGCAUUCGGUCAGAAGCUUUUCAAACUUCUCGCAGCUCCUUUCGGUAUACAGACAAUACCUAGAUUGCCCCUCGGUAGCCGGUGAUGACAUACUUCAGAUGAAGGCGCAGGUUAAGUGACAUCAACCUCGGUGUUAUGCCGGAAAACAUUAUAAUUUUCCACCGGCAGCAACAGACAAGUACACCUGCAUUUCGCAUGUAGUAGCAACGGGUUAACAUAACUACGGCUGAUCGAAUAACAGCAUUAGUCAUAUGGAUUUGAUCAUAGGCGGAGUUUGGGAAGCUGUCUAUGCCGCCGGUCCUAGAUUAAGUUCGUCCGUCGUAAGAGACGAGAUUUAUCACUGUCUCGAAGUGAGUGCAGUGAUAUCAUGCGUGAAAUAUUUAAUGAUGCAAAAGACAAAAGAACAGCACUAAUCCACAUUCGCGGAGCUUCAAGCGUAAGACAGUGUGGAGACAAAUGGAAAUCGGCGCAGUGCAGUAAAUGGGGCCCCGUCUGACGCGUGCAACAUACUCCGCUGGCUUGAAAUGUAAUACCAUCCCGAUGUGGCCCUAAUCCGUUUUUUCCAAAUGGUCUUGAGUCGCAGAAUUUGGCCCACGUAGGCACCACUUAGUGGCUUGUACUUCGUCCUGGAUAUGCGAAAAUCAAUUAUGGUGCUGGUGUUGGUGAUGACGAUGAUGAUGAUGACGCGACGACGAUGACAACAAUCCGACUAAAUGGCGGCGUGGGUUCUAGUGGUGGCUUACGUCACGACCUCCCCCCCCCCGCAGUGAAUUGCAGUUGGUGGGCUAAGUCAUGAAAUGUCCAUCGAAGUCCCCAAAUGCGUUUUCCUUUCGAAACAAAUUAAUUAAGAAGGGUUGUGAAACUUAUCAUCGUGCAACAUAAUUCUACAAUAAUUCAGUUGCCUCAAGAUUCCGGGUUUCGAACGAACUUCUUUCUGGCUGCAUGCAAAUACUACACUCUGUGAAAAGUGACGACUUAAUAACAUGCAUUUUCCUCAAUGAUUUCGACCCCCUUAAACAUUCAAUUAUAUUUCAUGGGGGACAUAUAUAAAAAUGCUCAUUCUUUUGUUUAUUCGGUAGAAAUUUACUUUUUUUUCCCAUUUAAUACUCGAAGGAAGGGUAUAAUUCUGUUUUCAAAAACUUUUUCAAUCCCCGAUUAAUUUUGUGCCCGACCUGCCGUUACACUUGUAUUCACGGUUUCCAAUCUACAAACCGUAUAUUUUCCACGUUUGGAAAACCAUAUAUUUCUCUACAGUAUUAAGAGGAGAUCAUAUGGGGUUCGUGAAAUUUAGCAAUUGAUUUGAGUCAUACUGUUAACUUUACAAGCCACAUUGGUAAAUGCAGGGACAUGACGUUUUAUGAACGGCCGUUUCACGGUAUUAAAAAAUCUCAUGAUUAAAAACUCUUCUAAGACCAAAUUAUACCGUUCCUUAGAGUAUGAAAUUGGAAGAGGACGUAAUUUUCUAUCGAAUGAGCAAAAGAAGGAAUAUUUUUAUGCAAGUUUUCCAUGAAAUAUAAUUUAAUGUUUAAGGGCGUCAAAAGUCAAUGGGAAAAUUGCCUGCUACUUAAGUAGUCCUUUUUUACACAUUGUAGUUUUGGCAUGAAGCUGGAUAGAAGUUCGUUCAUAGCCAGCUUCCUGAGAUAACUGAAUUAUUGUAGAAUUAUGUCGCAUGGUGAUUAUUUCUGCAGUCCUACUUAAUCUUUUCGGAACGACAACGCAUUUCAAAAUUUCGGUUGACAGUUAACGAGUUAGCCCACCCACUGUACCUCAACGAUAGCCCAGGGCAAAUUUGCAUGAUAGGUUUCCGCGAUUUAAGUCGGCAUACGAAAGAGGAUGCGCAGAUCUGCCAAAUUCUGCGUUAUGGAUCGACCAUAAGGUGAGAGUGGCUGCCUUUGUCAGUGGACAGACGACUUCUACAACAAAUUCGAUCAAAUCAUUUGCGAUUGCGUAGUGUAAAUGGAAUCUUGCUUGACCUCGCACUGAGUAGGACUUCACUACUGGUCAACAAUUCCUCUCUCAUCAAAUAAUCGGCCUUUUUGGUCAAAGUAGGUAAGCAGGUUCGCCUUUUAACAUUUAAGUCCUAAGCAAACUUGUUCCACUUUAGAAGCCACAUCCCUCAUACUGACUAUUUAUCGGGCAUUCGCGUCCCGAACAUUUAGUUAAUGUUUUGCUAGAUUUCGAGCUCCGUAGUCACGAAAUGAAAUUUCGACGACUAAAAUGCUGACUAAUUAAUACCUUUGUGAAGGAGACCAGACGAGAGAAAAGGAUUUGUCUUAAAUCCCAAAACAACGAAAGCGGUGAUAAGCAAUUAAAUAUCCCAUCAGCAAUCAAAAUGUUUGGAGUAAUGUGCUGGGAGAAGCAGAAAGAAACGGUUCUGAAUAUGAAAGUAAAGUUACUUGCAUCAACCUUUUCCAGAUACACGAGGACUGGAAAUUUGCGGCGGCAGUCGUCGACCGAAUUCAGCUGAUAAUUUUUGUUUUCGGAACAAUUGGAGGUACUUUGGGAAUACUUCUUAACGCCCCGUACAUGCUUCUCGAUGUUGAUCAAGAAUCCGUCAUACGUAAGUUUUCUUACGAAGACUAAACCAACGAGACUCUUCCGUUACUUCUCUUGGACUCAGUCGCCUAAUUCGCCAUCUCCCUCAAAAAUGUAUUCCAGUAAUCUGAAGUCUUCAAUUGGAUAGAUAUUGUGCAUGUCCAUCCCCAACAUAAAACGAUACAUAAACCUUGACUUUUUUCCUCAUCUACAUUACCACGGAGAAAUGUGUAAAAAAAUAAGCACGAAAAAAAACGGUCAGGGGAGAAACCCCUUGGACGCCUACAGUGAGGAUCCAUACUUGUUAGACUCAAGAUUCAGUGAAUCGGUGUGGAGAAAACGUGCAGUCUGUAAGCUCGCCUUUUGCUCGUAUUGGCAAAAUGCGGUCUAUCUGGAUCAGAUCUUCAUUGUUAGAAACAUUCCGCAGCCACUAUCAGAAUGCACAACACCUACGCAAGCAAAGUGAUUACCUUCGCUGGUAAAGCGUACAUAAGAUUAUUUGCAAAACCUGUAUGACCAAACAAUCUAAAAUGGGUGCCGUUAAAAGAUUGCGGUGGGAGACUUUAAUUCUUCCUCUUUUUGUUGGCUAUUGACAAUAUGCAAACCGCACAAGUUUAGUUUUGUACGACUACACUUCAUCACGGUGACGCUGGUGUCAAAGGUCUAAACCACCUAAUAACCUUUCUCGGUAAUUCAGAAUCAGCAGACUGCUUGUCGUCUAACCCGACAUUACGGCAGGAGUGCUCACGCGAGGUGAGCGUGUUGACGCGCCGCGACCUAGAGUCGGACGCACUAACCGACUGCGCGCCUAUAUGCAGCCUCACAGCGUGCCAGUUACCUGCGCAUCAACUGGAUGACAGGCUCAGACACUAGACUGUUUGGUAGAGGGAAGGAACGUAGGGGCGUGCAGUUUUGGGUCCAAGUGAAGGUCAUCAUAGGUGGCCCACUUGCUUGCAGGCGUUGACUACGCCUAGCGUCCAAUAACUAGCACCCAACUCUCAAAUGUGGCUCCCCGAAGCUAGGCUAUGCCCAGCAGCUACACCCCGGUAACCGCCUCGACCGGCUAGCUAAAUCAGGUGAGGGUAUUCGUGUAUGUAUCUUAACACAUGGUAGUUCUAUCCCCCUCCAACACUAAAUUCAACUUGCGGAACUCCUUUUAUUCAUAUCGACUAUUAUCAUUGAUGGUUCAGUCUACUCCAGGAGCAAUCGCGUCAGAAAGUAUUGAACUUCGAGUGCCGUUUUGAAGAAAUCAGCAUCUUUGGCAUCGGAGAGACUCAAACACAGCGCAAUACCGACAUCCCGACUAUAAGUCGUGCCAGCUAGCAUAGCGUCCUCCGGGAAUGUGGGAACUCCGCAUAAAACGGGUAACUUGAGGAGAUUCUUGGUUUUAUAAAAAAAAGUCGACCACCAUUCUACUUUGAUGGGUGAGCCGGAGCUUAUGUAAAUAACUUGUAGCGAGCCGUAUGGUAGACUUUUCCUUUCUCCUGCACACACUUUGAUCGGUUUCAAGACUUGGCCACGAUUUUCGGAUCAUUGGACCCCAUUCACGAUAGCUAUACCCCAGAAACUAAGUCGCAUUACCCGCACGGCCGUAUGAUUCCGAGUAACUUACGUGCGCCCAGUAUUCGGUCCACUGUCUUAGGCAUCUGGACUAGUUAUGACUUACAACAAUCGUUUUCAUGUGCAGCUUCGCUCAAACAAAGUUAAAAUGCAAUAUUUUGCGUUUUCAGUGAUGCAGCUUCCGGGGACUUCAGACAUCUGCUAAAGUUGCGAAAACAAUGAUAUGUGGGGGAGGCGCCCUACAAGCUAGAUUUGCUGGUCUUGUAGGUUCGGCUAGGUCGAGUUUCUUGGCUUAUAAGUGAGAGGGCGUCCGAAGUCACAAGAGGCGCGGCCCACCAUGUUACGUAGAAGAACCAAGUGCCAUAGAAUGAUAGAUUUUCCUAGACCAAAUCUCGCAACCCAUAAAUCAGAGGUACGCUACCUAUCGACAACCGACUUUAGAUGUAGGUUCGCCUCAAAACGGAUGAUUUAAUCAGCACAUUGAAAAAUUGCACAGUAGUUCUCAAGUCUUAUAUUCGAUAGAAUUGGACGGACGAUAAGCGAACUAAUAUUGUCAGGUUCAACUAUGAUUAUUACUCCAGCUCGGGCGUAAAUUCUCCAACGUGUUAGGCGUCGUCUUUUGUCGAAUAAGAUAUAGCCCAAAGAGGCGUGGCGUAGUUCGAACUGCGCCGGCCGAGUCUGUAGACACUACAGUAAAUAAGUGCGCCGGACGAAGGUUUACGCCAGGUUGGCCACCAGACCACUGAUGUACGAAAAAGGGGACAGCGAGGCAGGUGCCGCGGUACCAUUCUUCACCACCAUAAGGCUGAAAUGCUUGAAACUGUCGUGCAUGCCGGACCUGCCAAGUUGCCGGCCGACUAAACAACUCGAUUCUUCCUUAGAAAGACGGAUCCUCCUUUGUGGUUCUCACGGCACUAAAAGGUAACCCAAGAGCACCCCCCCUUUUUUUUUUCUUUGAAGCCCAGUCUGCGUGGAAUCCGGGACCAGAUCGUGGCAUGUGGGAUGCACCGUUUUGUUACUGCACGCGCGUCCAUUCGCAGCCGCCUCGACCCUGGCUAACAACUGGAGCGCGGCUGGUGGCGACAGAGGUGGAUGGUGGACGAGUCGGCCCCAGUAUAAACAGAUUCACACCCUAUAAAUUAUUCCGCCUUCAGGAUGGUGGUAAACCUCCUCUCCUGCGACAGUUAGACAGACUCAAGAAAAUGUGA